GGUGGUGUCUGAUUUUUUCCUCGCUGUGGCAUUUUUCAUGGCAUUGGGUUGAUAAAAGAAGGGACACGAUAACAGUUGGUCACUCGUCGCUACACCCUCGCCCUUGCGCUUCCUGCUCUCCUCGUCCUCAGUCUCUGUCGUCAGUAACCAUGAGUGAAGAGAAUCGUCCCACCAUCAGGACCCGGGUGCCGCUGGCGGUGGCAGCUGAGGUGGAGACUCUGCGGAAGGCAAUGAAGGGCAUGGGUACUGACGAGGCGGCCAUCAUCAGGGUGCUGACCGGCUGUUCCUGCAACCAGCGGCAAGUCAUCGCCGAGCAGUACCACAAAACACACGAUAGGGACCUCCUUAAGGACCUAAAGAAGGAGCUGUCAGGGGAGUUUGAGAACGUUGUCUUGGCCUUGAUGACGCGCAGCAGUGAUUUUCUGGCCAAGGAACUCGAACAUGCUGUUGAACUUAAAAACGGCGAGGCAAUUGUGCAGAUCCUGUUCACCUGCGAGACCCCAGAAGUGAGAGCGAUCAAAACCGCCUUCAGGAAUUAUGACGACGACACCCUGGUGCAGGAGCUGAAGGACGAGCUGAAGAAGGGAGUGUUUUUAGACGUGGUGGUUGCGACGGUGACUGGACAUCGAGGUGAAGGAUUCUGUGAGGAAGUCAGCAAGAAUGUUGCCAAGGCGAUCUUCCAAGGGGAGCACGGGGUCAACAAGGAGGAAGUAGUGAAGGCCUUCUCCAGCCUCUCCUUCAAGCAGCUCAAGGGCGUCUUCGUGGAGUAUUACAAGCUAGCGGAGAGGACCCUGGGAGAGGCUUUUGAUCUUGUGUAUAAGGGCGAGGAGAAGACCAACAUGCACGCUUUGUUCCAAUGUCUCAACAACCGCCACGGGUACCUCGCCUCGGCACUGCGCAAGGCACUGGCUGGGCCUGGGACGAAGGACCGGGAUCUGAUUCGCUUGAUUGUGUCCCGCGCCGAGGUGGAUCUUCUGAACAUCAAGGAAGAAUACUUCAAAAUGUACAGCAAGACCCUCGAGAGUGAUAUCAAGGGAGACACAUCGGGAGAUUACAGAAAGAUGCUGCUCGCCCUCCUGGAACCCAACUACUGAGAGAGAAUAGGGUUGGACUCAGGCUAGCCUUCAUUCCCUGCUCCUUCCACGUGCAUGCAAGACAGACUCGCACUGUUCCUUAUCCUUCUCUCUCUCUCUCUCUCUCUCUCUCUCUCUCUCUCUCUCUCUCCAUAGCUAUGAUCACUGAAUUCAAAUAGAUUUUUGUAAUGCUCUUCUAAAAGUUGUAAUUUGUUUAAAAAUAGAUAAAUAAAUAUAAAAUAAUAAUAAAUACCGCAAAUACAAAUAAAAGUUUCUGCUUGCGUGAUCUAUGGAAGUGAUACACAUGUUUAAGCACUUUGAAAGAAAUUGUAAUAAGGAGAAUGUAUUGGUAAAACUUUACUCCACAUAAUCUGUACUAGAAGAAUGAAUUUUGAAGAAAAAAAAAAAAUCGUGUUUACGCACCUCAUUAUUUAUUCAUUCAUUAGUGUUGCGUUAUCUUUCUUAAAAUCUGCGGGGCGGGAUGGGGCGGGGCUGCGCGGAGCGGCGCGCAGCGCUGCAGUAGCAGCAGGAGACAACACCUGGAAAAGUAUGUGGAGUGUAUGGAAAAAGUGGACAAAAGCAAUUACAACCAGCCUGAUAAAUUUUGGUGUGCCAUAAAAACUCUGGAGGAUAGUGAUGGAAACCCAAGUUUAAGCUUGUUUCAGACUUUUCACUAGGAUGUCUUUCUUUGCCUUAUGCUAAUGCUGACUGUGAGCGCUGCUUCUCUAGUGUAAACCGUGUGAAAACAAAAGACAGAAAUAAGCUAAAAACAGAAACCGUAAGAGACAUCAUCCUAGCGAAGCAGUGUGUUGCUUCCACAUCCAGCAGUGACUGUACGAUCUUCAAGCCAUCAAUCAAAGUCAAUGAUAAAAAACAUGACAUCAAGAGUGCUAUAUUCCUCCAAUGAAGAGAGUGCCGGGGCUGCUGACGACGUGCCGGAUGUAUAUAUAGAAGAACAAGACCAGUAAUCUCCUACAUAGUAAGUAAACAACUUAACGAAGUGUCCUGUAGUUUUCUCCAUUUAUUAAUGUAUGUAUUUAGGAAAGUGUUUUGUUUGUUAAGGGCAUUGUUGUUUUUUUUCAUUACACACACACACACACACACACACACACACACACACACACACACACACACACACACACACACACACACACACACACACACACGCACGCACGCACACACACACACACACACACACACCUCUCUCUCUCUCUCUCUCUCUCUCUCUCUCUCUCUCUCUCUCUCUCUCUCUCUCUCUCUCUCUCUCUCUCUCUCUCUCUCUCUCUCUCUCUCUCUCUCUCUCUCUCUCUCUCUCUCUCUCUCUCUCUCUCUAUAUAUAUAUAUAUAUAUAUAUAUAUAUAUAUAUAUAUAUAUAUAUAUAUAUAUAUAUAUAUAUAUAUAUAUAUAUAUAACCUAAAUUCUGCUGUAUUUGGAAAGUGGCAGUUUUGCAUAAUAUUUGGAAUAAUUACAUAUGUACGAUAAUCUUACCAGAAGUACAAUAAUUUCAACCUGUGUAGUACGAUAAUAUGGGCAAAACAAUCUGGCAACGUUGGCUGCUGCCUGACAAGUCAGUGUGGCGUGUCUAAGGGUGGUGUUAGUACGCGUCUGUUUCAACUCCCAGGCUGACAGAAUUUAUGUGUUUAUUUUUUUUUGUGUGUGUGUGUAACCACGCCUACACAGUGGCUGCCAAGGCUUACCCAUGAGUUAAACCUUCUUUAGUUGGUAAUGAGGAAGGCAUGGGCUCUAGCAGUGGACACCCGAAGGCAGCUGUGAGAAGGUGCUAGACAUCCAGCCAUAGUGACGAGGAGGCAGGAAGGUACAUCAUCACCACCACCACAGAGAAGGACACCAUAGCCGUGCUUCACCCCACUGCUCCACUCCCCAGUGUAGAUGGAGGCAGCCUGGGAACUGAAUCGACCCUUCUUCAGCUCCCCGUGGCCGUGUGGCUGGCUCUCCUUCAGGUUCCCAAUAUACACAUCCUUGUUGGCGUAUCUGAAGCAAGGAUGACUGGAUCUGUUACAUAUGCUGUGCCCUCGUAGAUGUUGACACCGCCUCCUGUGGGCACCUCCAGCCGUCCUGAGCCAUGGUACACGUUCUGCCGGAACUGUCCCUCAUAGCGGCGGCCAUCCCCCCACACCAUGGUUCCCUCUCCAUGCAGCUUGCCACACACCCACUGGCCUGCACCACAUCACCCAAUGAGAGGCAUUCAUUUCACAGCAGUAAUCCCUAACACUCUCUUUUAUCAUAUUUUCACAUUCUAAGUCUUGAUUUGAGUAUACAUGUAAUGAUAUACAUCCAAAACUAUUUAAGGUCUCUUUCCUCAAGUUUAUGAUUCAGAGAUGUUCAUGGAAUGUCUCUCUCUUCUGCACUCUUCUUGUCUCUUGUUUAUUCUGUCUCUUGUAACAUCACACACCCUUGCCGCAAGAAACUUUUUAUAUAUAUAUCUUUCCCUGUGCAGCAAAGAAUUAACAUCUC